AGCCCAGAGCCCUGACCCGACCCAGCAUGCGCGGAGCUGUGGCUGCCCUGUCCCUGGGCUGGGCGCUGGCCCUGGGGCUCGCCCAGGCCCUCCCUGGCAAACCGGGGGAGGCCAGACCACGGUUCCACCAUGGGGCUGAGACCCAGCUCAACGACACAGAGGCGGCGAGCCGGUGUGCGGACGAGGGGGGCUUUGAUGCCGUCACACUGGAUGAGCACGGCGUGAUGCUCUUCUUCAGAGGUGCCCACGUCUGGAAGGGCUUCCACGGCCCGGCCCAACUCAUCAACGCCACCUGGCCUGAGAUCCAGGGCCCCGUGGACGCUGCGCUGCGCAUCCACCACAAGGCGUCCCCCGGGGUGCACGACAGCGUCUACCUCUUCCAGGGCGAGCGGGUCUGGGCGUAUGCGGGGGGCCGGCUGCGGCCCGGCUACCCCCGGCUCAUCGGGGAGGAGUUCAAGGGGGUGCCUGGGGACCUGGACAGCGCCGUGGAGUGUCACCCCGAGGACUGCACGGCUGAGAGCCUCCUCUUCUUCAAGGGGGGGGACGUGUUCUCCUAUGACCUGGGCCUGGGGGUGCUGAAGCGCCGGUCGUGGCCCGGGGUCACCCACUGCUCGGCAGCCGGGCGCUGGCUCGGGCGCUAUUACUGCUUCCAGCGCGUCCGCUUCCUGCGCUUCCAGCCGGCCACGGGCCAGGUGCCGCCCGGCUACCCCCGCGACGCCCGCGACUACUUCCUGCGCUGCCCCGGGAGAGGGCACGGGCACGAGGCGCGCAGAAACGCCACUGCCAUGGGCAUCCGGGACCCCUGCAGCGGCCUCGCCUUCCAGGCCUUCACCGCGGACGACGUCAACCGCACCUACGCCUUCCGGGGGGGGCAGUACUUCCGCCUGGACUCCCAGCGGGACGGCUGGCACUCGUGGCCGCUGAACCACACCUGGCAGGAGCUGAGCGGGCUGGUGGACAGCGCCUUCAGCUGGGACAACAAGCUCUACCUGAUCCAGGGCUCCCAGGUCUACAUCUACCGGGUGGGUCCGGGCUACACGCUGGUGCAGGGCUACCCCCGGGGCCUGCAGGAGGAACUGGGCAUCGCGGGCGCUGACGCCACCUUCACCUGCCCCCACUCCGCUGAGCUCUUCGUCAUCAACGGAAACUCCCUGGAGCGGGUGGAUCUGAACCAGAGCCCGCGGAGCCCGAGGCUGGAGGGGUCCAUCCGCCAUGAGCACGUGGACAGUGCCAUGUGCAACGCGGACGGGGUGCACCUCUUCCACGGAAACACCGUGCACCACUACGCCAGCGUGGCCGAGCUCACAAUGAGCCCCAAGCCCUCCCCCCCGCAGAACGUGACUGCCGUCCUCUUCGGGUGCCCCCACUGACAGGACAACCCUGCCUGACCCCCAGCCACCAUGCUCCCUGAACCCCCCCAUGGCACCCUUUACCGUGCCCCUCCCUUCCCCGUCCACUGCACCCCACUCCCAGGGGUGUCCUUGGUCAGUAAAGACCUGGGGUUCAGAGCUCCCCUCCCACCCAGGGAAGAAGGCACCUGGCUUGUUCUGCCAUCUGAGCUCUUGCUCUGGCUGGCCACUAUGCCAGGCACGGUUCCUUGCCACCUGGCCACCCCCCACCCCCCACCAGCUUGGCACUUUCAUCAGCCACCCAUGAGUCACUUUCUGCUGCCACCUGCCUCUGCCGUGACCACUGCCGGUCAGUCUCCCCAUGAUUGUCGGCUCUCAGGAGGCCGGGCACAAACACUCUCCCACCACCACUGGCUUCAGCUCUCAUUGAGCAUUUGAAAUAACAACGUGGCUCCUAAUAAAGCAGCUUUCUCUCUCUCGGAA